UCCGAUAUUAUGGAGGGGUACGUGGAGACGGUGAAGGAGCGGAAGCAGGACGAGAAGCUCAAGAACGUCAACCUCGACGACUGGCUCCCGAUCACGUCGUCGCGGAACGCCAAGUGGUACUACUCGGCAUUCCACAAUGUCACGGCCAUGGUCGGCGCCGGCGUGCUCGGCCUCCCGUUCGCCAUGUCGCAGCUCGGAUGGGACCUUGGAACGGUGGUGAUCGUGAUGUCGUUCUUGAUCACGCUGUACACGCUGUGGCAGAUGGUGGAGAUGCACGAGAUGGUGCCGGGGAAGCGCUUCGACCGGUACCACGAGCUCGGGAAGCACGCGUUUGGGGACCAGCUUGGGCUCUGGAUCAUCGUGCCGCAGCAGCUCAUCGUCGAGGUCGGCACAGACAUCGUCUACAUGGUCACCGGCGGGCAGUCGCUCAUGAAGGUCCACGACCUCCUCUGCAACGGCCACUGCAAGGACAUCCGCCUCACCUUCUGGAUCAUGAUCUUCGCCGCCUUCCACUUCGCCCUCUCCCAGUUCCCCAACUUCAACUCCAUCUCCGCCGUCUCCGCCGGCGCGGCCGUCAUGUCCCUCACCUACUCCAUGAUCGCCUUCGUCACGUCGGGGGUCAAGGCGGCCCACACCACGGCCGCCGUCGACUACGGGCUUAGGGCGUCCUCCACGGCGGGCAAGGUGUUCGGCGUGCUGAACGCGCUCGGCACCGUGGCGUUCGCGUACGCGGGGCACAACGUGGUGCUGGAGAUCCAGGCCACCAUCCCGUCCACCCCGGAGAGGCCGUCGAAGAAGCCCAUGUGGCGCGGCGUCGUGGUGGCCUACACCAUCGUCGCGCUCUGCUACUUCUCCGUCGCCUUCACCGGGUACUACGCGUUCGGCAACUCGGUCGAGCCCAACGUGCUCAUGUCGCUCCAGAAGCCUCGGUGGCUCAUCGCCGCCGCCAACCUCAUGGUCUUCAUCCACGUCCUCGGCAGCUACCAGGUCUACGCGAUGCCGGUCUUCGACAUGAUCGAGACCGUGCUCGUCAAGAAGCACAAGUUCACCCCGAGGUUCUGGCUCCGCUUCUGGGCCCGCUCCUCCUACGUCGCGGCGACGAUGCUCGUCGGCAUGACCUUCCCGUUCUUCGACGGCCUGCUCGGAUUCUUCGGAGGCUUCGGGUUCGCGCCCACGACAUACUUUAUCCCUUGCAUAAUCUGGCUCAUGCUGCGCAAGCCCAGUAAGUACGGCCUGACAUGGUGCAUCAACAUUAUCUGCAUCGCGAUCGGAGUGCUGCUGACGGUGAUCUCCCCCAUUGGUGGCAUGCGGCAGAUCAUCUUAGAUGCCAAGAACUUCAAGUUCUACGCUUAA